UACACGCCUAAAACUCCUAUCUACAUCCACCUUUGUGGAACACGUUACACGCACACAGAGCCACGGCCGUGAAAACAAAAUUCUGAAAGAGCAGAGCGUAAGGAUCACUCCAACUCCUCCCAUUUUUGCUUCGCCCUCACCCUUCCUCCGAUUCUCUCUCUCUUCUCUCUCUCUCUCUCUCUCUCUCCGUUCACUGUUCUCCUCCGACCGCCGACCGCGUAAUUUCUAAGAGAGAGACAGGGAGAUAGAGCUCCCUCGGGUAUAGAAGAUGUCGGGAAAAGGAGCCAAGGGUUUGACAAUGGGGAAAGCCCCCAGCAACAAAGACAAAGACAAAGACAAGGACAAGAAGAAGCAGCCCACCUCUCGCUCCUCCCGCGCCGGCCUCCAGUUUCCAGUCGGCCGGAUCCAUCGUAUACUGAAAACUAGGACCACCGCACACGGUAGAGUGGGAGCCACGGCCGCUGUGUACACAGCAGCUAUCUUGGAGUACUUGACUGCAGAGGUGUUGGAGCUAGCUGGAAAUGCGAGUAAGGAUCUGAAAGUGAAACGUAUCACUCCCAGGCAUUUGCAGCUUGCAAUCCGAGGAGAUGAAGAGCUCGACACUCUCAUCAAAGGAACCAUAGCCGGCGGAGGUGUGAUUCCUCAUAUCCACAAGUCACUUAUCAACAAAUCGUCCAAGGAGUAGAUUAAGAAAAAGAGCAAGGUUGCUUUAUUUGACUAUAAUCUCCCCAUCAAGUUGCGUGUUUUGUCAGUAGGACUUAACCUGCGGAUCUGUUUUCUCAUUUAUGUAACUAUGCUGUAUACCGUAUUAGAUCUAGGUUACUGUUUAGUUGUGUUAGGAAUGGAUUUAUGUCUAGUGGCAUUGUGAUUACUUCUUGAACUAUAACUAGGCUCUUGUCCAGGAUCGUUCGUUUGACUUGGCUUCAAUUAUGAUUUCUUGAAAUUAGAUGAA